ACUUGACUUGCUUCUCAAGCUCGCAGAAAGCACAUCUCCCCACCGAGUUCUCCUCUCCCCGUCGCCGUCACCGUCUCCGACCGAGUUCCGGGCAAUCGAGAGGAAGGAAAUGGAGUGCGUGUUCGGCCUCGUCGGCGACGGGUUCGCCAUCGUCGCCGCCGACACGUCGGCGGUCCACAGCAUCUUGGUCCACAAGUCCAACGAGGACAAGAUCAUGGUGCUCGACUCCCACAAGCUCGUCGCCGCCAGCGGCGAGCCCGGCGACAGAGUCCAGUUCACGGAGUAUAUACAGAAGAACGUGGCGCUGUAUCAGUUCAGGAACGGGAUCCCUCUGACGACCCCGGCCGCUGCCAACUUCACGCGAGGCGAGCUCGCCACUGCCCUGAGGAAGAAUCCGUAUUUUGUUAACAUUCUUAUGGCUGGUUAUGACAAGGAGAUUGGUCCUUCCCUCUAUUUCAUCGACUACAUUGCCACCCUCCACAAGGUAGAUAAGGGUGCAUUCGGUUAUGGAUCCUACUUCUCCCUUUCCAUAAUGGACAGACAUUACCACAGCGGCAUGUCGCUUGAAGAAGCCAUAGGUCUGGUUGACAAGUGCAUCAUGGAGAUCAGAUCCCGUUUGGUCGUGGCGCCUCCAAACUUUGUGAUCAAGAUUGUUGAUAAGGAUGGUGCGCGAGAGUAUGCUUGGCGUGAGUCUCUCAAGGACGUCUCCGCGACUUCUGCUUGAGAUCAACUACCAUUUUUAAUUUUUUUUCUUUCUGUUGGUUAGAAUUGGAACUUUGAAUUGUAUGGAUAUGAAUCUGCUGGAAUCAUGAUAUUUGUAUCCUGAAAGUGGUUUUCUUUUCCGUCUGUGGGACCUCAGUUAUUUUUCUGGUGGAUUGCUAUCUCAAUAGUGAGUUCAGCUUGGGGUUUUCACCUGCA